GUUUGACUGGUGCUAAGACGUGAGCCGGAAUGACCAACGAUCACGCGCGACGACGUCUGGUCUUAACAUCGCGCCGGCGCGAAGAGCACGCACAUAUCGCAUCUUCAAGUUCACGAAGCGCUUAGCGACUCGGGCCUGCUGCUGUGGCAAACCGCUGGAGCGGUGAGUGCUGAAGACGUACUUGCGCUGUUGGGUCGCUCACCUGAUGUAUGAGGCCAUGUCUUCACCUUGCUGCCCCACGCAUGACUUGACGUUGUUCGAGAUAGACCUUGAGCAACACCUUUCACGAUCCUGGGCCUCAAGAACUUGCCUUUGGCCAGUCCAUUGGCGAAGCGCUGCGAGAAAAUCGAAACGCAUCAAGAAGCAAUCAUGGAGCAGUUUGCUAAGCGAUGCACAGAGUCUGUUGAGAAUCUCGGAACUCUGUGUACGCGAAGCUUGCGACUUGCACCAGCUUUGCGUUGCAGAGGAGCACGUGGCGACUCGGCAAUCGAGCACACAACGUUCUGAUCGACGUUGCGCUCUUCGCACAGCGCACGGCACGCCUGCGCUACGAGGUCAAAGCGCAAGUAAGAAGUAUACUCGACAAUGGCUCCGGAAGUUGGCCCAGCAAUACUUUCGAGCGCAGUCACCUCGAGAGCGCUCGUCAGCAACUCCGAUCACCAGCAUCGCUAGCAGCAGUCUAACGACGACGACGCCUCUCGGAGCCUCUGCACAGACUCGCGGCCCAAGUUGCCCUGCAACGUGGCAUUCACGGCACGUGUCCAUGCUUCGAAGUUCAACGUGGACUUCAGUCUGAGUGCUCACAUCAAUGACGUCAGACGUCGCAUUCACAAUUGAAGAAACAUUAGUAUCUGGUGUCGAGUGGCAUACAUGCUACGUCAAUGUCAGCAGGGCCGGCCAACAUCUGGUCCGUGUUGCAACAAACUCCUUGGAU